AUGACCACCGACCAUCUCCUCCACUUUCUCCGAGCGCCGGCAGGCUCUCCGGCUGCCGCCUCCACCCGCGCGGUUCGCUGGGGUCCUCCACAGACGCAGCGCGUUCAGUUCUGUCAGGGUGCUGCGGGGAUGCGGCGCGCGUCCGUAUCCUGCUCGAGCGCUGGCUCUGGCGGGGAGGGAGGACUAACGUACAAGGAUGCCGGCGUGGACAUAGACGCCGGCGCCGAGCUCGUGCGCCGCAUCGCCAGGAUGGCACCCGGGAUUGGCGGCUUCGGCGGUCUCUUCCCCUACAAUGACGAUUAUCUUGUUGCUAGCACCGACGGGGUGGGGACAAAGCUGAAGCUUGCUUUUGAAACUGGUAUUCAUGAUACAAUCGGCAUUGACCUGGUGGCAAUGAGUGUCAAUGACAUUGUAACUUUAGGUGCAAAACCAUUGUUCUUCCUAGAUUACUAUGCAACGAGCAAGCUUGAUGUUGAUCUUGCGGAGAAGGUUAUCAAGGGGAUUAGGGAUGGGUGCGAACAAUCAGAUUGUGCUCUCCUAGGAGGCGAGACAGCAGAAAUGCCUGGUUUCUAUGCAGAGGGUGAAUAUGAUCUAAGUGGUUUUGCUGUGGGUGUUGUGAAGAAGGAUAAAGUCAUUGAUGGAAAAAACAUUGUCAAGGGAGAUGUCCUUAUAGGUCUUCCUUCCAGUGGGGUUCAUUCUAACGGGUUCUCUCUUGCUAGAAGGGUACUGGAGAAAAGCGGACUUUCCUUGAGUGACCUGCUCCCAAGAAAUGAUGGCAUAACAACUACUGUUGGUGAAGCUCUAAUGGCACCAACUGUCAUCUAUGUUAAGCAGGUGCUUGAGAUUAUUAAGAAAGGUGGUGUGAAAGGACUAGCCCACAUCACUGGUGGUGGUUUUACUGACAAUAUCCCAAGAGUAUUUCCUUCUGGACUCGGGGCAAAGAUUUUUACUGGGUCAUGGGAAGUGCCUCCUGUCUUCAACUGGCUUCAACAGGUUGGAAACAUUGAUGAUGCAGAGAUGCGGCGAACAUUCAAUAUGGGCAUUGGAAUGGUUCUUGUGGUAAGCAGAGAGUCAGCGGACAGAAUUAUCGAAGACACCCAUGUAUCAAAUCCUGCUUGUCACAUUGGAGAGGUGAUCGAGGGUGACGGGGUUCAGUACGUCUGA